AGCCGCAGCAGCAUGGGCGAUGGCAGCAUCACUCCGAGGCUCGGCAACAUGAAGGCGUUGCUUGGAAUAGUUGCCGGGGCCGGAGCUUCCUACGGCAUAUACAAACUUAUGAGUGCGGGGAGCUUCAAGAGAAACAAGAAAAGUGCCCCCAGUGACAGUCCUGCUGUGAGGAGCAGCAGCCCGGCCAGGGGUGGUACCCCGCAGCCGGGUAGCCUGCUAGCCAAAGUGUCUGGACUGGAUGUUGUCUGUCCACGACCUGCGGAUGUCGCAUCCGGUGGCAUCAUCCAUCAGUCCCCCGGCAACCUGGAGCCACAACACCUGAAAAUGCUGCUCUCGUGUCUGGAGAACAGCAGUGAUCCAUCUGACAGGUGUCGGAUUCUGCUGACGUUGGGAAACGCUGCUGCCUUCACUGUGAAUCAGAAUCUUAUUCGGGAAUUCGAAGGGAUUCGCAUCAUAGCUGGUUUCCUCUCUGAUCCUGAGGCAGAGGUUCGAGUGCAGACUCUGAAUGCUUUAAAUAAUCUGUGUAUGAACAUCCCAAACCAGGACCAACUAAAGGUUUAUGUGCCACAAGUGCUGGAACUGAUCGAGAUGUCGCCGGUGAAUUCGGACCUUCAGCUUAGUGCUCUCAGGCUGCUGACCAACCUUUCAGUCACAGACAAACACCAACACUUGCUGAAAGAAUCAAUUACACUUCUACUGUCUCUACUUGUCGUGAGCACCGAAACAUUACAGGUUCAGGCUUUGAAAGUCCUUGUGAAUUUGUCAUCUAAUCCAGAUAUGAUGGAUGACAUUGUUCAAGCUCAGGCUCCAGCUUCUGUUGUGCUGCUGUUUGACGCACGAACAGCCCCUGCUGUGCUUGUCCGACUGCUAACAUUUGCGGGGAACUUGAAGGCCUGGAGGCCCUCAGCCCAGGUAGCAGAUGAACUGAGGCGAAAGCAGGAUUGCCUCUUCAGAGUCAUGUUAGAUGAAUCCUCCCAGCUCCACAGCAAGCUGGUCCAGCUGCUUUCACACCCCGAUGGGGAGAUUCAGGCCCAGGUGAUUCGUGUCUUGACAUAGACUUCUCUGUCUGCACUCUUGAUCCAUGCACCUCUUUUGCUUCCAUAUACUUCGCCAAAGCCAUCAACCUAUCACCCUUAAAGUUAAAGUAUGCAUCCGUUUACAUUAAGAGUAGGAUGUGUAGCUUCCUGUGGAUACACAGCUUACACUCCCACAAACUCUACACCAACCUACAGUCUUCCCCAAAUCAAUAUUAUUACCACACUAAACGAUCUGCUCCACCUCACCAGCCCCUUUCCCGCUAAUUUCCAGUUACUUACUGUACAACUAACUAAUGAGCAGUGAGUGAGCAGGAAGCAGGAAAAACAUAAAUUCAGUAGUGUGAAAAACAGACUACCUUUCCCCUGUUGUCUUCCUGCCACCAGGGGUUUUCCUGUCCUCACCAGAGACUAUUUUCCUUCAAAGAUCCACAGUGCCCGUACUUCUGAGAACAUCUCCUUCUUUCUCUGAAGAUAUUUUCCAGGUGAAAUUUCUGAACCCUAAACCACUGCCAAAAGUUUUCUAGAGAAUUUGUCUGUGUGACCUUUGCAGUGUGACCCCCACCCGUGGUUCAGAGAGACACUUCCUGUGAGACCUGAAAAUGUUUCUUCCAAUGAAAGAAAUAUCUUUUGUCUGUGUAUUUAAUUUGAGAUACUGCAUCGUGAUUUCAGAAGAGCCAAAAAUACAUUUUCUUUGUUUCUGCGACAAGAUGAGGGAUUCAGUGUAUCAGAAAGGUUUGGAAGUUGAAACACUGCCUAACUCCACAUUAAAACAGGGCUUAUGUUGUGUUUAUGGUGCUUGGUAAGAAGGCCGUCUGCCUCUUUGCACCUCACCCUUGAAGGUACACCAACCACAGCUGCCUGAACUGGAAUGAACUGGUGUUAUUGAAUGUCUCAACUGGUCUACAACCACCUGCAAAUCCUCCAGGGAAGAGCUGGAGGAAGUUGCACGGGAAAAAGGAUGUCUGGUCUGCUCUGAUUGUUUUACAGCCACCACGACAGUCAGACACGCACGUAAUCUGAUAAUAAUGGAGGAGAGGUUGACCUUGGACAAAGCGGUAAUGAUCAUAGCUGAUUACUGAUUACUGUGUUUUGAUUGACAGCAGUGAUUGAAUUAUACAUACAAGCUUUUGUUAUGUUAAGUUAUGCACUUAAUGUAAUAAGACGGGCUAUAAGUGAUUUUUUUGCUGCAGGAAAGGAGGGCGGGUGUAGGUGCAUACCUCAAACUUGCAUGAAAAAUGUGAUGAUUAUCAGAAUGUUUCGUUUUUUUUAAAUAAAAGUAUUUGAUGGCAUAAGCUAAAUGAAAUGCUGCACAUUUUUGAUGUUUGGACACUGACUUUAUUUAACCCAAAUCCUAAAUAUCUCUCAGGCACUAUGGUUUACCAGAACAGAUACAGCAGGAGGUUGUUUUAUUUGUGACAUAGAUUAUCCUAUUUAUUUAACAAAGUUAGUAAGCAUUUUGCCUAUAAAAUGAGAAAUGUAAGUGUUUGAAUGGUUCAAUAAAUACCUUAUGACCUGUGA